UGCAGUGUCGCUGCCUGAUUGCAGGAUUCAUGCUGAUGAAAUCCUCGCACUACAGGUUUAUAGGGUGCCUGUCUAUAGGGGGAAGCUCAUUGCAAUAUUAACCACGCAGAGCCGUUAUAUAUAGGCUGACAUCUUCGAGAAAUCAAUGGCAGAAGUGCUCUGAUUCUCUGUGCUCAAACAUAAAAGAGACCUUAGCCAUUGGCUCGGAGAUAAACAGAGGGCCCCGUGUAGCGCUGAUGUUAUUCUGAGCUCUCCGCGCUCCCCCCGACGAUAUCUGUGACUAUAGCUAAUUUAAGACGAAGAAGGAGACCUGCUCAUUUGGUUAAAGCAUAACAGCCAAGAUGGAUGUUUUAAUGAAAGGAUUGUCCAAGGCUAAAGAAGGCAUGGCCGCAGCGGCCGAAAAGACUAAAGAAGGGGUAGCGGUCGCUGCCGAAAAAACCAAGGAGGGCGUCUUAUAUGUUGGUAAUAUGACCAAAGAAGGAGUGGUGCAAGGUGUCGCUUCAGUGGCUGAAAAGACGAAGGAACAGGCUUCCCAGCUAGGUGGAGCUGUAUUCUCAGGAGCGGGAAACAUUGCAGCAGCCACUGGCCUCAUGAAAAAAGAGGAAUUCCCCACUGAUAUAAAGCCUGAAGAGCUGGGCCAGGAGGCAGUAGAGGAGCCGCUGGGAGAGCCUAUUAUGGAACCAGAGGGUGAGGCCUAUGAAGAAGCUCCACAGGAAGACUAUCAGGAGUAUGAGCCAGAAGCAUAAUCCUGGACCUGACUCCAAUUCCAGAGUGACCAGCAAAAGUACAAUAUACAAUAAAUACAAUACAUAAUACAAUGACAAUAAUAUGGACAAUACCCUAAUCCUAACAGUGUCCCUGGUGCAAAAAAAAGAAAAAAACAAAUGAUCCUGUUAAUAUGUUCUUCCUUGAAGAAAACAAAAAAAUCUUUUAAUAACAUCUUUGGAUUGUCAUGUUUUCUGUAACGUGUUUGUUCUAGUAAGUUAUUAUGCAGUAAAUCAUUCGCCGGGUCUCAUUUCCUUGUUUCCCUCCCAAUGAAAUGAGACUUGUGCUUGGUAUGUGAAAACUAGUGUUGGUGUAUUUGUAUGUUUGUGAUUUUUGAUGUUUAUUCUCUACCAGUGAGAAAGGAAAAAACCCAGUCAUGCUUAUAAAUUAACAAUAAUCAACAUAGCUGUACAUUGCUUGUAUGUGACUUAUUUUUUAUUUGUUAUGAUGUGCUCACAGAUUAGAGUUUUAUACGUUGUACCUUUGGAGUCACUUGUAAGCCCAUUCCAUGAAAGAGUUAAUAAAAUAAAUUCUAUAGCAGAAUGUGUGCGGGUGAGUGCGCAUGUGAGUGUGACCGAUUUAAAGGCCUAUUCCAAUCAAAAGUCAGCAUAAGUGUGUCAUUUGCAGGAUAUUAAGAGAAAUAGUAUCUUCCGUCUAGUCUCAGCUUUAAAUUGCAGGACUUAAGAGAUCUAUGGUUGUAUGUCAAGGAAGUAAAAAGAAAAUAAAAUCUCUGUAAAUAAAAA